AUGAGCGGCGCGCAACACGACAACGACAACGACUCGCACAGCGGGUGGGACGACGAGUACCAGGAUGCCUGGGUUCGCGCCAAGUUCGACUUUGACGCAUCAGACCGCGGUCAUCUCACUUUUCGGGCAGGCGAUAUCAUCCAGCUGCUGAGAAAGCUCGACACUGGGUGGUGGGAUGGCAUCCUUGAAGAUACCCGUGGAUGGUUUCCUUCGAAUUACGUCGAGGAGAUAUCGGCGGACGACUUGCACCAGUACUACGACGCUGGGCUCGGCUAUCCGUCACAACAAGAGUACGAAGAGGGCAACGCUGGAUUGGGCGGAGAUAGAAGAGGAGACGCGAUAAACGCGGAUGAUCUGCUGAGGGGGAGCUGGGGAGAUGACUGGGGGGGUGCAGGCCUCGAUCAGCUGGCACGGGAGAUGAUGGAGAACGACGAAGGAGGCGAGGAUGGCCUGGGGUUUAUGCUGGAGGCGCAGAGACGCAAGAACAGCAACAACGGCCUGGGCAUUGACUUGGAAGAGUUUGGAACCGGAGCGUCUGGCAGCCGUGACGAGACCGCUUUCAAGCCCACUCAGACAACCCGAGCAGCUCAGAAGGCGCCUGACACGACGCCUAGAGUGGAGCGUGAGGACGCUUGGAUUCCGUCUAUAACGCCUGAUGGACAAGUAUACUACCACAACACUCAGACGGGCGAGGACUCGUGGGAGCUGCCCAUGGACGAUGCGUACGAAGCAGAUGAUCCCUACGCCCAGACGGACGAACAAUUCUUUCACAACGUCCCAUCUUCUUUGCAGGAAGAUAUAUUCAAGAGGUCCGUGGAAGAUUCUGAGUCAGGCGAAUUUGCUGUGCCACACAGUCACGCCGACUUGCCCUACCCGUGGAUCGCCAAGCUUAGCGACGACGGCCGUGAAUGGUUCUUUCAUAAUCGGCUUACUGGCCAAUCGCAGCGCGAUCAGCCACAUAUUGGCGACGCAGAGAGCCUUGCCGAUAUGGGCCUUGGCUUGUCCCGCAUGUCUAUGAUUCAAGGACCCCCGGCGAUUCGCAAAUCCCUUCUUCUGCAACGCAGAACCGUCGAAGAUUGGCAAGUCAAAACUUGCGAUUCCCUCCGAGCAGUCACCCAGCCUCCAAAUCCGCCGACACUUGGUAUUCUUGUAGAAGUCAUCUAUGAUGCUCUUCGUGAAGUACUGGAAGCCACUGUCACAGGUUCGGCUGCAGAGGAAGAAAUGUCUCGCGCCAUUGACCUUGGAUCGGAAGUUGGCCUGAAUGCCGCAUUGGAUCGCGAAGAGGGAGCCAUUGAAGCUGUACAAGCGGGCUACCAGGCCACUCUGCAGUCUAUCCGAGACCUUUUGGCAUCUUUCGGCUAUGUCGGUCCUUUGGACCCGAUGGAAGAGCUUCCACGACCAGCGUGGACAAGCGACCUGGCCCUGGUGGGGUGUGUGGGUGUACUCGGCUCUGUUGUCCAUGCAGCUGUGACCUCCAAGCGUCAAGCAGAGUCUGGACUAUCCGUUUGGUCCGAAGUUUUGCGGGCUGCCACCAAGCUCAAGGACGUUGUCAGCAACUACUCAUCGCUGCUCUUUUCCGGCCAGCUUACUGCGGCUCAAAGAGACGAAAAGGAGGGUAAACGUGUGGAAGGCUGGCUAGGUUUCGACCCCCUAAGCCUGGGAGAAGCGUUGGGAGGGAAAUGGGGCUUCGGGAGAGAAGACAAGGGCUAUCGGGUCCUGGAUCAAGCAGCCGUUCUGGAUUGUCAAAAGGCAAGGGUCGAGUCUGAUGUCGCUCUCCAACACCUCGAAAACGUCUCUAGCGAAAACUUACAGACGGCGGUGCUUGAGGCUCUCAGAGUGGCGAAAUCGUUUGACAAGAUUGUUGCCGAGAUCGACAUCGCAAGCCAAGUGGAUGUCGAUGGAGAUGUGGGAGAUUGGCCGAAUGGGGGUGCGACGAGGGAGGAUGACCUGCAAGAGUAUGCGCACCUCGUUCACCAGGCCAGGCUCGCUUUGAUGGACCUGGAUCAAAGCACGAGAGAAGUCAACGAGUGGUCUGUGGCUAUCCUGAAUGCCUUGUCGGCUCAAAGAGGUAUAUCUGCGGAACUCGAGAGCCUGACAACCACUCUCACCACCGCUUUCCGCGCGCUGCCGACGCUCCUAAUCAUAUCGCGCGAACAACGUGCUGCCAACGAGCAAGGCCUCAUCCGCGGCCAAAUCGGCAUCAGGUCUCCAAAACAUAUCGCCACAUCUCAGCAUACCCGCUCGACCUCCCUUGCUUCAACCGCUUCUCGUGGGUCUCGACUGUCGGAUCUGGUUCGGCGCAAAGUCAGAGGUCUGGUGGACGAGCCAGAGAUUUAUGGCGAUGCUUAUGAAGCGCGGGAUCGCCCAAGCGAGAUGCCAUCCUCCGCUUCUCAGAGUCAGGCAUCUUUGAAUAACAAUUCUGGAACACGCCGUACAAGCGCUUCCAGUAGUGUGUCUUCCCUCACAUAUCAGCCCACCGAAAGCGACGGGACAAACUCGCAGAAGGGUAAUCGCUCGAGUAUCCUUCGUGCAUUUAGACGGGGCCGGGCCGGGUCGGACGCGCUCGAUGGUUCAGGAAAGCAGGCUCAGAAAGCCCCCUCGAAGAAAUUGGCCAAGCUGUUGGGCGAAGACAUGUCCGCGAUCCCUGUCGUCUCUGUGCCUCCACCACAAGGUCAGCAACAGCAAGGAGGUGGGCCGUUCAAUGUGGGCUUGCCGACUCAGCCAGAGACGCCGUGGUACAUGAUGGAUGAUUACGUGCCCGGAGAAAUCAUCUUUGAUGAUAAGGGGGCAGUGAAAGCGGGCACAUUGAGGGCUUUGGUUGUGCGUUUAACAUCACACAGUAUCACGGAUACGCCAUUCUUCCAGGCCUUCCUCCUCACAUUCAGAUCAUUCACCGAUCCAACAGAGCUUUUUGAACACCUCGCAGACCGGUACUACCUUCCUACUCCAGAGUCUCUUGUACCCGAGCAGUACGACGAAUGGAAGAAUAAGAAGAAGUGGUACAUCCAAUUGAGGGUUGUCAAUGCUUUGAGGCAAUGGCUGGACAAGCACUUUGUCAGAGAGGCAGAUGAGGAGAUUCUGGACAAGGUGGAAUACCUGGCUUUGAAGAUGCCAGGGGAGGACACAAAGGCGGAAUUGAUGUCGAAGCAAUUACUGCAACUUGUUGCCAAGCGCCGUCAAGGCGACCCAGAGCAGAUAUUCCCCGGCACAUCCGGAUCCCUUCUCUCUCCUCCGGCUCCUCUCGUCCCGCGAGUCUCUGGCCGACCGCUCCGAAUUACAGACAUCAACCCCAUCGAAAUCGCUCGCCAAUUGACAAUCAUUGAGUUUGCCAUGUUCCAGAAGAUCAAGCCAUCCGAAUUCUUGUCGAAAGUCUAUCAAGAUGAGCAGAAGAGCAUGCUGUUGGCGCCAAAUAUUCGAAAGGUCAUCUUUACGGCGAAUGUGUUGGCGGGAUGGAUCUCUAUGAGUAUUCUGGCACACAAGGAUCCGAGGGCAAGAGGGGCUGUCUGGAAGCACUGGGUGCAAAUUGGUGUCGAAUGUCGAAACCUGAACAACUUUUCGUCAUUGGCAGCCAUCACUGCUGGUCUCAAUUCUGCGCCCAUCGCGCGUCUGCGGCGGACCAGGGAGCAUGUCAGCCAGAAAGUUCUGGCUACCAAGGCGGAUAUCGACAGGAAUAUGGAUUCGUCAAGAAACUUUUCCAACUACAAGGACAUGCUGAAGACCGUCAACCCGCCUUGCGUACCGUUUUUGGGUUUCUACCUUACUGCUUUGGUCUUUAUCGAAGACGGUAACAAGUCCUUUAUCAAACCUGGCGCUCCCACACGAGGCAACGCUGUGCCUCCCUCCAACUCCUCCUCUUCCAUAUCCGCCCUGGCCAGCGGUCAACCGCCAAAUGCUAACCCUACUAGCGAAGAGACCGUCAUCCCCACCAAACCACUCAUCAACUUUUUCAAGCGGUCCAUGUCUGCCGAGAUCCUGCGCGAUAUCGCCCAAUACCAAUCACAACCAUACAGGCUGGCGAGGAGUAGGGUUGUGCAGGAUUUCAUGAACGCAGAGUUUGAGCGGGUGCAUGACGCCCCAGAUGCGUGGGAGCUGAGUCAGGAGCUGGAGCCAAAGGAGAAAGAUGAUGAGAGAAUAACGAGAAUGCUGCACGAUUCUGUAAGUGGAGACCAUUGA